CUGGCAGUCCGGCUUGCAACUUUCGAGAUAUAAGUCGAGCAACAUCUCCAUCAUUGAAUCGAUAGCCAUUCCAACAGUCUCUUGCUUGCUACGAAGACCUUACCCAUUCCUUCCUUUCCGUAUAUUCCCAUCUUCACCAUGCGCUUCAUCACUCUCCUGAGCGGCAUCCUCGGAGCCUUCGCUGCGACCGCCAUCGCCGCCGAUGCUGAAGCGUGGAAGACGCGUUCCAUCUACUUCGUCCUUACCGAUCGGUUUGCAAAGACUUCGUCCGACACGAGUGCCUGCACUAGCCUGGGCAGCUACUGCGGCGGAACAUGGGCCGGAAUGGAGGCUCGUCUCGACUACAUCAAAGGAUUGGGCUUUGACGCUAUCUGGAUCACUCCCGUCGUCGAAAAUACCUCCAACGGUUAUCACGGCUAUUGGGCCAAGAACCUCUACAAUGUCAACACCAAUUAUGGCUCCGCCAACGACCUCAAGUCGCUGGUGCAAGCCGCCCACAACAAGGGAAUGUACAUCAUGGUCGAUGUCGUUGCGAACCACAUGGGUAUCGGAGCCUACAGCGAUUUCACGCCCUUCAACAGCGAGGAUUACUUCCACAGUUACUGCGUCAUCAGCGACUACAACAACCAGGAAAACGUUGAGGACUGCCGUAUCACCAGCGAUCUCCCCGACAUCAAGACCGAGGACACCAGCAUCCGGAGCACCCUCAACAGCUGGGUCAAGGACUUAGUUUCGACCUACAGCUUCGAUGGACUCCGCAUCGACACCGUCAAGCACGUCGAGAAGGACUUCUGGCCAGGCUUCGUGAGUGCUUCCGGCGUCUUCUCCAUGGGCGAGGUCUAUAACGGAGACCCGGCCUACGUCGGCCCCUACCAGGACUACGUGACCAGCUUGGUCAACUUCCCGAUGUACUACUCCAUCCAGGCCGCCUACGCCAGCAAGGGCUCGCUCCAAGAGCUCGUGACGCAACACGACAAGGUCAGCUCCAACUUCGACCGGCCCGAGCUCCUCGGCACCUUCCUCGACAACCACGACGUCGUGCGCUUCCUAAACGUCAACUCGGACUGGACCGCGCUCAAGAACGCGCUAGCCUACACCCUCCUCGCCCGCGGCAUCCCGAUCCUGUACGGAGGUACGGAGCAGGGCUACACGGGCGGCAGCGACCCCGCCAACCGCGAGGACCUCUGGCGCAGCGGCUACAGCACCACCGGCGAUCUCUACGGCUGGAUCAAGAAGGCGAUGGCGGCCAAGACGGCCGCCGGCGGCCUCGGGGCAAACGACCACUCGCACCUGUACACCACCAGCACGGCCUACGCGUUCAGCCGCGCGGGCGGCAAGCUCGUCGUACUGACCACCAACGGCGGCAGCGGCACCAGCGGCACCCAUUGCUUCAACACCAACGUCGCGUCCGGCACCGUCUUUACCUCCGCCCUUGGCACCGCAACUUACACCGCUGGCUCGAAUGGAAAUAUUUGCGUGACUGUUUCCAACGGACAGCCCGAAAUAUUAUUGUCGUAAGCGGUCAGCUGCUUUCUGUGUCUUUGCUAUAUUUUCGUCGGACACGUGGGCUAAUGAGGUGUUUUUUUGCGCGCCACAGUGGUUCUGCUGCAACUGUUACGACUGCUGUGCCGCCGACGAGCGCAACGACUGGGACGUGUGUGACUGUUACGGCUACGGUUUAUGUCUAGAACGUGAAAGGAAUGGGAAAGGAAAGCGAAGGAAAUGGAAGGGAUAAUGCGGGUUGAUUUUUUGGGAUGGUUUUUUGCGCGGAUUUGGGGGGGAAUUUUGGGUAGGAUCCGGAUCAAUCAAAAACUGGAAUUUUGUUGUGGAUUACGGUAUUGGGAAUUGCGAUCGUGAUAUGAAUCAGCCGGC